UUGGUGCGCGUCUGUGACUUGACGCACUGAAAGGACCGUCACACCAGCCUGUUGCGCACUUGGCGGCGCACACGCAGACGGAGCGCAUCGCACCACGGCCGCGCGGAUGGACAGAACUACCAUGGACUUGUCUUAAACACUUUCCUCUGUGGGUUUUUUUUCCUUUUCUUGGAUUGCUGUCGUGCUCGGCUUCUUUUAAUUCCACAGACGGUGCACUUUGGAGCGGAUACGCACAUCUUUGCGCAUCCUGGACCCCCUUUGGCACACAGGAUCUGAAGGCUGUUAACAGCAGAAGGAGAAGCCCGACUACAGGAGAUGUUGCAAAGAUGAACGUCCGUCCGACCGAACACGUGCACUGAGGAGCUGCAGACGUGCACGCGAGCGUCGGAACGGCCAAUACGACGUACGCACGAGGUUGGAAACACCGUGUUCAGGAGGAACUGUGGAGCUGCUGAGUAUGGUUCAACUGUCCACGUCAGUCUGCCUGCUGGGAGGGCCUGUGGGCCUGUUUCUACUCGUGCCUGUCCUCAUGGCUCCUAGCCCGUCCAGCCUGUGUACUCCACUGAAGACCCUCAACGACAGCCUGGGCCACAGGAGACGCUUCAUGAAACACAACUUCCCCAUUAACUACACCAUCAGGGUUCACUAUGAGGAGGUCUUCAAACUGUCCAACAUCAACAGAAUGAGGUUAAACAUAGAAGACCUGGAUGAGCUGGUUCUCCAGAGGUUGUGGUUCCAGGUCAACCAAGGAGUGUUAAAAAAGAUCCUCCGGGUGAUGUCCGAGCGACACCCUUCGCGUCCGUACACUGCAGAGUUGGAGCGACGCUUGCAGGAUGCUGAGGGCGUUUUUGUCCAGUCACAUCCUGACGAGGCGUUCCAGCAGGAGCUUCCAGACGCCGUGCAGGACAUUUGGGAUCGUUUAACGGAAGAGCCCGACAAAGUGCCAGAGUCCAGCUGGAGAUUUGUUUCUCCAAAAUCCCUUCUGGAUAACUUCUGCCGCACCAUGCACUGCCUCUUCAGCAAGUGUUUCUCCAGUUCAGAAGGAGAACAGGACUAUUGCAGUGUGUCCCAUUGGAGGAAAGGCAGGAAGAACACUCAAAGCCUCAAAGCUGAGACGAAGCCAGUGUCGUCAGGUCGUCCCUGUUCGUCUACCGAUUAGGGAUUGAUGCGGUAAAACUCCUUGAGCUACAGGGAGA